GGAGUGGCGGAGUCGGCAGGACAGUAUGGCAUCGCUCUGUCAUUGGUCCGAGGAAGGGUGUGGGCCAUCCCCUCGCUCACGUCCAGCUGUUGCGGAGCUCCCAGCAAGCCUCAGUGGCUCAGUCUGGGCCAGGCGCUGGUACUGACAGGCAGGGUGACGCGUCUCACCUCCAGCAGUGACCUCCAGCACGGCACACACGCCCCACGCUCAGUGCAUGCUCCCGAAUUUGUAACACGACCUGCGAGACUUGGAACACGCCCUCUCUCACAUAAAGGAUAGCCCGAUGACUCCCGCAGGACUUUGUAGGACUUCGCUGUUGGCCUUGUUGAGUAUUACCUGAAAACUUGCCUGAACACGGAGUAACGGAGCGCGGUGACCCGGUGACUGUGGCGACGCGAGAGUAGCCUGACGAAGUACUUGCAGUGUGUUGCUAGUCGUAUUGGGUUGGUGUUCGUAUGUUGGUGUCGGUCAGGGAGAGGAGUGCCCACAGUGACAAGUAAAGGAAGUGGUGUUUGGAUCUGUCCUGCCAGUCCUGCGGCCCGCCCUUCAUGCUGCCCCAUGUUCAGUUGAAGCAAGUCAGGAAGUUGAGCGCACGUAGAAGGCUGCUCAAUACCUGCCCAGGAAAUCACUACUCUUGAAUGCCAGUGGUGAUGCAAACGUGAGGAACUUCGCACCUACAUUCUUCUACACGUCACCAGGAUCCGUGUCUGCUACAACCCACACCACCUCACCACCGUCACCACCACCUUCGUCGCCGCCGCCGCCGUCAUGUUGCCUCCCCCGGAAGAGGUGGUGAGUGACGCCCGCGAGGGGGUGACGCAGGCGGUGCCCUUAGGGUGCAACUGCGGCGGCGAGGAGGUGGUCGCCAUGACGGACACGCUGCUGCAGGUGGAGUGUGAGGCUAAUGUGACGUGCACGGCGCUCACCACGGUGCCCGGCGCGACCAUCGUGUCCCCCAUACUGCUCUCACUCAGCGGCGUCACGGGACAGAUCUGGGCGCUGUACUACCUCUACACCAGCACAAGGCCCCAGCACUCCCGCACAGUGUUCUUUCUGCUGCUCAGUACUCUCAUCUGGACGGACCUCGUGGGGAAGGUGAUCACGACAACGCCAGCUCUCAUCGCCUACGUGUACGGCGGAUGGGUCGGAGGGAAACCACUUUGCAACUUCCACGGGUUCUCCAUGAUGCUCACCAGCCUCGUGACACACCUGCUGGUCUCUACCAUGGCUGUGGAGCGCUUCAUUGGCAUCAGACACGGCUACUUCUACAACAAGAACAUCACCACCACCAGGACCAAAAUCCUGCUACUAGGAAUCUGGCUCUUCUCGGUCCUGUUCUGCGCAAUGCCUCUGUUUGGCCUGGGACAGUACGCCCUCCAGUACCCAGGGUCGUGGUGCUUCGUCAACAUCCACGUGACUCCUGCCUCGCCGCUCCGUCACCGCAUCUACACUAACGUCUUCGGCCUCUUCACCCUCGUCAACCUGGUCAUCAUGGUGGUGUGCAAUAUCGUCGUCAUCAUUGUCUUGCUGGAGAAAACACUUGCAAGGAGAGGCAACUACUAUGAAGCCUACCUCGCCCCGUCAGAGAGAGCAGGCGACGAGCAACAGCCCAGCCCAGUGUCCACCCUUCUGUGCCUCCGUCUGUGUCGCCAGCGGUGUUGCGGAAAGAGCAUCUGUCAACCUCAACGCAGUUACCGCCAGAGGGAGCUGGAGAUGCAGAUGGUGAUUGUGCUUCUCGUCAUCACCAUCGUGUUCCUCAUCUCUUGGUCACCCAUUGAUAUGCGACUCUUUCUGAACCAAAUCUGGCCGCACAAGACUCGCGCAGACCACCUUCAGGAUCUCAUUGCCGUGCGCCUCACCUCCAUCAACCAAAUUAUCGAUCCCUGGGCGUACAUCAUCUGCAGGAAGGUGUUCGUGACACGGGCGUGGCGGUGGAUGCGGUUGUCUCUCAUGGGGUCACGGUUCCUAGGGCGGGAGAACUCAAGUCACCCGGGCAGCUCCAAGAAAGCGAUGCGUCCCCCAGAGAAGACCCACUACAGGCCGACAUUUAAAGGCAUAGAGGACGCAGGGGGGGACAUGGCCAAGGGCGUGGUGGUGAUGGUGGAGAAGGACGCCCUUAUCAAAUCCACGCCCAACAACGCCACGCCCCUCGCCUGUGAUUCCCUGGUGGCGGGGCGGCUGGGGUUGGAGGGCGUGGCGGUGGACAACGGGGCGGAGGAGACGAAGGAGACUCAGGAUGUGUUCAGGGACUCUGGCACUGGCUCACACAACACGCCCUCCACGACUGACUCUGGCACCGCUAACUGCAACAUGGCACUUCCUGAGGAGGCCGCCGAGGUGCCCAUCCCAGUGUUCACGUCUCAGCAGUACCGCAUGUGUCCAGUGGAGGAGCUUAAUGACCACGCCAGACUCAAACGCAUCACUUCCUCUGCCUCCGCCCGCGCUGCUCCGUCCUCAAGGCCCGCCAGGAACACUUACGAUGCCCCAGACCCCACCUCAGACAACUGGGCGUCAUGGGCGGGCACGCAGGGACGCCGCCACUCCUGGUGCUGCACUCAGGAUGGCUCAGAGGGCAAGCAGUACCGCACACAGAGCACCCAGACCUUCAAACCAGACGCACCCACUGUACCACACACGCACCACCACCACCACCACCACCACCUGCACCCACACUACCAGUACGGCCAGCAAGGACAGUACCUAACACCGACCUACCAUCCCUACUCCUCCCCCCAAGACCCCCGCCGUCUGUACCCCAACCAGUGCUCCGAUGUUGGGGAUGACUCUGUGUUCACUGUUGGGGAGGCAGCAACGCGACUAGUGGAUGGGGAAGGGGAUGAAGGCAGGGAUAUCACAAGGGGGCGUUGCAGCUCGGCGGACGCGCGGCAGAGGAGCAGUUAGGGCAGGUGGAAAGGGCGGUUGGGGAAGGCUAAGGAAGGAUGGAUACACUCUACUGAAGGAGGGAGGAAUGAGGAGGGUUUUUCAAGGUGAGAAGUGAAGGUUUGUACUAGUGUUUGGUGUUGGACUCUUUAUUGAGGGACUGAUGGGAAAGAGUGCACGUGACAGGAUGAAGGUUUAGCUAGAGGAAGGAUGGAUACACUCUACUGAAGGAGGGAGGAAUGAGGAGGGUUUUUCAAGGUGAGGAGUGAAGGUUUGUACUGCUGUGUGGCGCUGGACUCUUUGUUGAGGGAUUGAUGGUAAAGAGCGCACGUGACAGGAUGGAGGUUUAGCAAGAGGAUGGGUGUAACAGUGAUCAAGGGAGACUUUCACACAAACUACAAAUAAACUGAAGAGUGUACAGGGUGUGAUCAAAGAAAGGACUUUACCUGAAAAAAAACAUAUCCCUGACGUUGUAUAAGGAAGAAAA